AUGGCGGCGCGCUGGAGCAGUGAGAAUGUGGUGGUGGAGUUCAGAGACGCGCAGGCGACGGCGAUGUCAGUGGACUGUGUGGGAGAACACGCUGUGCUCUCAGGCCGCCGCUUCCUGUACAUGGUGAACCUGGAGAGUCCGUCCGAGACCCAGAGGAAGAUCAGCCGCCAGAGCAAGUGGGACGUGGGGACGGUGCAGUGGAACCCACACCGCUCAGAGGCCCACGUCUUCGCCGCUUCGAGCAACCAGCGUGUGGAUCUGUACUCCUGGAGGGACGGCAGCGGAGAGGUGCACACGUCUCUACAGGGACACACCAGAGUCAUUAGGUCUCUGUCCGCCCUGUCGGCGUACCACUCCAGCGUCCUGACCCCUAUGAAGAUGCGCUCGGAGUCGCAGAGACUGUACAGCAGCAGCCCCACGCGCUCCGACAAAGAAACCGUCUCCAUCUCCUCCUUCUACUACAAAGAACGGAAGCUUCCUCUCUCUGCGUCGCGCCGUUGGUCUGUCCAAACCCUUCACGAUUGGCCGAAAUCACGACGUUUCAAAACCAAACGAGAGGCGUCCGACUUCGCCAACCGGCCGAUCAAACUGGCGGGAAAAGUGAUCAUCCAGGACAUCUCGUGUCUGCUGCCGGUGCACAAGGCCCUGGGAGAGAGCUACAUUUUGAACACGGACAUCCAGGAAACGUGUCAGAAGAACGCAGCAGCAGCGCUCACAGUGGGCCGACGAGACGUAGCCAAGGUUUGGGCUUUAGCGUCCGCAGCCACGAGUCAGGACCUGGGCCCGGACUCAGACCCAGACUCUGACACGCCCUGGGCCAGGCACCCGUUUGGACGAAAACUGCUGGAGACUCUCCUGGAUCACUACAGCCACAUGAGCGACGUGCAGACCUUAGCGAUGCUGUGCAGUGUUUUCAGGGCUCAGUCGGCUCCCUCAGACUCUGGCUCUCUGUUCGGAGGUCACCACCCCCCGCGCUCCUGCCUCCCCCCACACUCACGAUACCCCAGUUGUACGUCCAGCUCUCUCACCUCAGGAUCCUACUCCAGCAACUCUGACUCUGUCCCCACCAACAUCUACAGCACCGGCAGAGACCCGGAUCACUUGAAUCCUUGGGGGGAAUCUUCUCCAGACGAGUUUCGCUUCAGUUCUCCCAGUUUCACAGAUCCACGAGAGCGAGAGCGAGAGCUGCACGACAUGAACAAGAGGCUGCUGGAUCCUUCCAAUACGCUUCAGUUUGACGAGUUUAAGAAAUGUUACGGGGAGAUUCUGUAUCGUUGGGGUCUGCGCGACAAGAGAGCGGACGUGCUGAAGUUUGCCUCCUGCCCUCCAGAGCCGCACAGAGGCAUCGAGUUCGGCGUGUACUGCUGUCACUGCCGGAGCCAGGCGCGCGGUACGCAGUGUGCGAUCUGCAAACGCCUCACGUUCCAGUGCGCCGUGUGCCAUGUGGCGGUGCGCGGAUCCUCCAACUUCUGCCUGAGCUGUGGACACGGGGGCCACACCAGCCACAUGCUCGCCUGGUUCAGGAGCCAGGACCAGUGUCCGGCCGGCUGUGGGUGCAUGUGUCUGCUGCAGAGCACGUACUGA